AUGAACAGAGGUAGAGGAGGAUUUUCUCAAAGAGGUGGUCGUGGAGGCUUUGGUAGCAGAAGGCCAGCUGUUCCUGAAGGCCCCCCAGAUGUUGUUCAAGAAAUGGGAUUGUUUGUUCAUUCAUGUGAGGGAGACAUUGUAUGUCGUUCCAUAAAUGAAAAGAUCCCUUAUUUUAAUGCUCCAAUCUACCUAGAAAACAAGUCUCAAGUUGGUAAAGUUGAUGAGAUUCUAGGUCCUUUGAAUGAAGUUUAUUUCACCAUUAAACCAUCUGAGGGUGUUCAAGCUAAAAGUUUUAAAGAAGGUGACCGUUUCUACAUCUCACCCAUGAAAUUGUUACCAUUAGAAAGGUUUUUGCCAAAGCCUAAGCAGGUCGGACCCAAGCCCCCUAAGAAGAAGGGUGGCAGAGGCGGUGCUGCGGGUGGAAGAGGCGGCGCUCGUGGUGGUUUUGGUGGUAGAGGUGGAGCCCGUGGUGGCUUCGGAGCCGCCAGAGGAGGCUCUCGUGGAGGCUUUGGAGGAGCUAGAGGAGGCGCUCGUGGGGGUUUUAGUAGUGGAAGGGGCGGUUCCCGUGGAGGUUUCAGCGGUGGCAGAGGAGGAAAACGAUUCUAA